UGCGGGAGCCGGCGGGCUCGCUCCGCACUGUGAGCGGGGUGGAACGCAGUGUGGUGCAUGCGCCGGCUGCGAGCGGUGCGGGAGAGCAGCAGCACCGUCCAUACCGCAGCUGUAACUGAGGCUCCACCACCUGUCUGAUGGAACAAGUGGGCUGAGCCCCCUCGAGGGGCGUUUUGACUGAUGGUGACACGAGGUCCCCACGUGUGUCACCCACCACCCCGGGGGGCACCGCGGGUGUGCGGAGCUGGCUAGGGCUGUGGUGUGCUGCCCACAUCCCAUGCUGGGUGGGCUCUAGAGGGCUGAUGUGCAGCUGGACCACGCAUAGGGGGCCAGAGCUGCUCACCCGCUAUGCGAUGUUCCCCCCAGGCUGUGCUGCUGCUCCCGCUCCCUGCUUGUAGGACGUGGAGGAAGCGCCUGGAUCAUGUGACGGAGGUGUCCACGUCCACCUUCGUCCCUCCUCCCGGGCCUACCAAGCGCCCAGCAAGGAUGGGGCUUCCAGCUGUUUCCCUGCUGCUGGCGGCAGGGAUCCUGCACGCGCAGGCCUCCCCCCUGGCACGCUCCUUCGAGCUGGAUUAUGAGGAGGACUGCUUCCGCAAGGAUGGUGCUCCUUUCCGCUACAUCUCGGGCAGCAUCCACUACGCCCGUGUCCCGCGCCCUGCCUGGAGGGACCGGCUCCUCAAGAUGUACAUGAGCGGGCUGAGCGCUGUGCAGGUCUAUGUCCCCUGGAACUAUCAUGAGCCACGGCCAGGGGUUUAUGACUUUGUGGGGAACCGGGAUGUGGAAGCUUUCCUGGACCUGACAGCAGAGCUGGGGCUGCUGGUGAUCCUGCGCCCCGGGCCCUACAUCUGUGCAGAGUGGGAGAUGGGUGGCCUGCCCUCCUGGCUGCUGUGGAAACCAGACAUUGUGCUGCGCUCCUCCGACCCCGCCUACCUGGCAGCUGUGGACUCCUGGCUCCAUGUUCUGCUACCCAAGAUCAAGCCCCGCUUAUACCAGCAUGGGGGGAACAUCAUCAGCGUACAGGUGGAGAACGAAUACGGGAGCUACUACGCCUGUGACUAUGGGUACCUGCGGCACCUGCUGGGCUCCUUCCGGGCACUGCUGGGCAGCGAGGUGCUGCUCUUCACCACCGAUGGCACACAGCCAGAGGAGCUGCACUGUGGCACACUGCAGGGGCUCUAUGCCACCAUUGACUUUGGGCCAGGCUCUAAUGUGACAGAGGCAUUUGGAGCCCAGCGCUGGGUCGAGCCAAAGGGGCCACUGGUGAACUCCGAGUACUACACAGGCUGGCUGGACUACUGGGGGGAGGCUCACGCCAGCACCAGCUCAGUGCGUGUGGCCCGGGGGCUGGAGAACAUGCUGCAGAUGGGAGCCAGUGUCAACAUGUACAUGUUCCAUGGAGGGACAAAUUUUGCCUACUGGAGUGGUGCUGACUUCAAGGACCAGUACAAACCAGUGACCACCAGCUACGACUAUGAUGCCCCACUCUCAGAGGCAGGAGACCCCACUGAGAAGCUGUUUGCCAUCCGCACGGUCAUCAGCAAGUUUCAGCCCCUGCCAGCCGGCCCGAUGCCAUCCCCCACCCCCAAGUAUGCCUAUGGCCGGGUGGCCCUGCAGAAGCAUGCUGACCUCCUGGAUGCCUUGGGUGUGCUGUGCCCCUCCGGGCCCAUCCAGAGCCAGUUCCCCCUCACCUUUGAGGCCAUAAAGCAGGCCCAUGGAUUUGUGGUAUACCGCACACAGCUGCCCCGGGAUGUCCCGGACCCAGCCACUCUGGGCGCUCCUCCCCACAGCAUCUGUGACCGUGGCUACGUGAUGCUGCAGAAGGAGUACUGUGGGACACUGGAGAGGGACGGGCAGACGACACUUCGUGUGAUGGGGAGAGCAGGGGACACCCUGGAUGUGCUCCUAGAGAACAUGGGCAGGAUCAGCUUUGGGGCCAACAUCAGUGACUUCAAGGGCUUGCUGGGGAACCUCUCUUUGGACUCCAGCCCUCUCAGCAACUGGCUGAUCUAUCCCCUGGACAUAGACACUGCUGUCCAGCAGGGCUGGCCCCAUGCUGCCCUGCCAAAACCAAGCAGAAGGGGCAGAGCAGGGCCAGCCUUUUACACUGGGACCUUUGAGACCCCUGGCAUCGCCUGGGACACCUUUGUGAAGUUCCCAGGUUGGAGCAAGGGCCAGCUGUGGAUAAAUGGCUUCAACCUGGGCCGGUACUGGCCCCGCCGUGGGCCACAGCAGACCCUCUUUGUACCAGGCUCGGUACUGCAUAUUGGCCGCCCCAACAACGUCACAGUGCUGGAGCUGGAGGGUGCACCCUCCACCCCUCUCUUGUUCUUUCUAGACCAACCCCUUUUCAACAGGACCGCCAGCAACAGCACUGUGGCCACAGAAUAAACACUAGGCUGCCAGGCA